AUGGGCUCCAAGGUGCCUUCCCUCCCCUCCAAGUUCAGCCCCACGUGCCGGGAGGCAGGAGGUGCCACCAGCAAUGAUGUGGCCAAGUGCGAAGUGUCCCAGAUGUGUGUCCCCUCGCAGGGAGGCAGAUGUGAGAGCGCCAAGGGAGCGGCUCCGAGCCGGGUCCCACUGAGCCCCCCCAGGACCCAGGGCAGCAGGGCCCGGGGGUCGUUCUGCCCCGGCUCGGCCCUGGCCGUUGCUGGGAAGGUUAUUCUCCAUUCACUAAUUGCCUCACAUUAUCUGGUGCGAAGUGUUAACGUGCUCCGGGAGGAGAGGGGAAACUCCUGGAUCUCCCUGGGAGUGAAGAUUUCCCCAAAGGAGCUUCACUUUACCCUUCUGGAAAGGAAAGCCUUUUGGAUUGAGAGGCAAGAGAAGUAACUCAGUGUCCAUGUUGCUGCUCCCCAGCUGACACUCUGCAGGCUCCGCACACACCAGUGGUGUUUCAUCCUCUCCAAUGUCCUGCUUUUCCACGUGCUGCUUUUCGGGGCAGAUUUACUGGAGCAAUACUUCCUGCAUUCCCUGCCUCUCUCUUACACCGAUGCAAAGGCUCUGGAGAUCAGGGAGAGGGCCAGGAAGCUGGAUCUGGAUCCUCUGAAGGCCAACCUCUCUUACACCAGCAGCAGUUCAGCCGCUUGCUCCAGUCAAGAGAUAUUUCUGCUCAUUGUUGUCUGCAGCAGCCCAGAAAACAGGACGAGGCGCAACGCGAUCAGGCAGACCUGGGGCAACACGACAGGCUCCAGGGGUUACAGCGUCCUGACUCUGUUUGCUGUAGGAAAGGCAGCUGCAGCAAGCACCCAGCUGCAGAUCAAUGAAGAGGCUCAAAAGCACCGAGACAUUAUUGAAGGCAGUUUCAUAGAUUCCCCCCAGACGCAGACACAGAAGAUGCUGAUGAGCGUGGAGUGGACGGUGACUUUCUGUCCCCGUGCCAGGUACAUCCUUCACACAGCCCAGGAUGUGUUUGUGGGUGUUCCCAGCCUGGCUGCGUACCUGCUGAGCUUAACCCAGCUGGAGGACAUCUACCUUGGGAGGGUGGUUCAUCACAGAGUGCCCGACAGGAACCCCCAGAGCCCUGGCUUUGUCCCCAUCCAUCAGUACCCCGAGGAGUUCUACCCGGAUUUCUGCCACGGCAGCGCUUUCCUCAUGUCCCAGGACGUGGCCCGCAAGGUUUACGUGGCUGCCAGGGAGGUGCCACUGGCAGUGCCCCCCGCUGCCUUUGUAGGAAUCUGUGCUAAAAGAGCUGGCAUCACUGCCAGGCACAGCUCCCGCUUCGCUGGGGAGAAGCGCAUCAGCUACAAUCGAUGCUGCUAUAAAUUCAUUUUCACCUCUUCUGACAUGAGAGAGGACGAGUUAUUUAAAGGCUGGAAGGAAACGAGCGAUGGGGAAGAUUGUUCCUUACUGGAAACCUACUACAGCCUGGUGUCCUGCAAGGUUCUCACCUACAUUGAUAAGUUCAAACAGUUCAACUUGGAUAGGAUAAAAAAUGAGCUCCUUCAUUUUGUCAAUUAAUGUUUAACUUCUGCAAAAAGAGGCUGGAUUUUCUUUCAUCAGCUGUGUUAUCCUGUUAGCGUUCAUUACAAAGGAUGCCCUC